AUGCGCCCGUGGUGCGUAGGGGAGCUCGCUACGGCCAUGGAUCGUGGGGUUGAGGGCAUCCGUCUCCUGUUACCAGGAUUCAGACACCCAGAUGAAGAAUUCAUCGAUGUCUACCAGUCAUACGCCGGCGACUUGUCCGUUCUCUCUAGCCGUGGAAUCGGCAUCAGCAAGGUGCAGGACGCGAUCAGGUGGGCUUGUGGCCUUCCGUGGGUGAAGGUGCCAGCGUCAUUAAACACCGUCAAGAUGCACGGUUUGGUGGAGGAGAUGACGGGUUGCAUGCGCAUGGAGGAACAAAAGGAUGUACGCCUGACCCUGUCUUUGCGGACGAACUCCACCAAUCCGAUCUCCAAAGGAGUGGUGUCGGUCGGAUCGGCGGACAGAAUGUUCCGUGGCCCGACGCUUAUGGAGAAUGCUGUUAGUGCAGUGCGGAGGGAAGUUGGGCAUCGCAAUUACAUCGUCUGCGACGAGUUGAACUUCGAGGCGACCUGCACCAGCAUGAUCCUGGCGCGGCUGCUGUACCCCUUCUUCGCCCACGUGCCCGAGGAGCUGCCCAAGGCCCUGGGCACCGCGGAGCCCUUGCCCCCCACCGCGAAGAAGGUGAUCCUCGUCUGCACCAACGGCGCUCUGGAGCAGGAGAACGUGCUCGCGACCCUCUCGAGGGGCCUCGGCGCGGCCGCGCAGUUCUUGCCCGUGCUGCUGGACGACGACUUCCGGUUCCCCACUGCCUGCUUCGCAAGGGAGCACGCGGAGAUGUUGCAGGAGGUUGCCGGCACCGUAUCGGGCGCCACGGCGCUGGGCGAGGCCGUGGGCGACAUCUUCAAGAUCGUGGCCCUCCCAUUCCAUUCGAUCAUCGGCCCAUUCCGACGCCGCGACCGAGCUGGCACUGAACAGCCAAGCGCUCGAGAUCGCCGAGCGGCUGCGGCGCAGCGAGAGGCACCCGCGCGAGCACCACAGAGCCCCGGCGGGCACCGCUCGGCCGGCGAGGCCGCUGUCCGCUGCAACGAGCCCCAGGAGCAACCUAAACGAGCCCACGCGUGCCAACAUGACAGUGUGCCCUCCUCUGUUGCCCGACGUCUGUGGCCCUUUGGGCCCUGGCGUUCGGCCAUUCCACGGCAACGGCUGGGCGGUGAAGGCGCCUGUUGGGCCGUGCGCCCUGGCGGGUCAGCGAGGAGAGCUUCGGCCACGCCUGCAGCGUCGUCCUUGAGCGGCCAGGGCGUCGGGCCCACGAUGGGCGACACAGGCUCCCCGAGCCUCACCGCUGCGGGCGCCGACUCCUGCAGCCCGAACGCGGAGGCCGGGGAGUGCACACCGCAGCGAGGGCCAUGA